AUGGUUGUGCCCGCGAAACGGCUGAAAACGCCCGAGGAUCUGGCCAAGUUCCAGGACAGCGCCGUGUACAGCGAGAUGGUGCGCUUUGUCGUGGACCUGGCCACGUCUGUGCACGGCCUGGAACUGGGGUACACGGACGACUCUUUGGGCGACAACAUAGGCAAGGUGCUGGAGCUGCUGGAGCAAAUUAACGGCAUUGUCGACAGCCACCCCGUCGUCAAGGAUACGAGCAGCCGGUUUGGCAAGCCCGAGUUCCGCGAUUUCUACGACGAGCUGGCCACCAAGGUCACCGGCCUCGUCCAAGGCUGUGUCGGCGAGGAGCACGCGGAGGAGCUCGGGUGCUAUCUUAUGCACUCGUUUGGCGACCGCACCCGGAUCGACUACGGCUCUGGGCACGAGCUCAACUUUGCGUGUUUUCUCCUGUGUCUCUACAAACUGGGCUUUUUCCAGCCCGCAGAUUUCAAAUGGCUCGUUCUUCGCAUAUUCAACAGGUACCUCCGCCUGAUGCGCCGUUUGCAACUGCUCUACUGGCUCGAGCCGGCAGGGUCGCACGGCGUGUGGGGGCUGGACGACUACCAUUUUUUGCCGUUUCUGUUUGGCGCCGCGCAGCUGGCGCCGUUCUCGCGGCCACGGCCGCUUUCGAUCCACCAAAAAGACUACGUCGACGAGUUCAAGGACAAAUACCUAUACUUUGGGUGCAUUGCGUUUAUAAACCAAGUGAAAACCGGCGCAGAGUCGCUCAGAUGGCACUCGCCAAUGCUGGACGAUAUCAGUGGUGUGAAGUCCAUUUCCUUUUUGGCAGCAUUCUGA